AUGAGCGAUUUGGCAUCAAGCACAACAUCCUAUCAUAGAGUUACACAAUUUAAUUCUCCUCAUGCCUCCAAUGUCCUUCCACAAAUAUUGAAACUCUUAUCGGAGAUUGAAAAGGAAAAUCGAGUAAAAAUUUUAUUUGUAUAUGUUCAUCCAGUUGAUUGGUAUUUGAGAGUUAGAGAUGAAGUUGAUUUGGAAAUUAGAAAGAAGGUGAUGAUUAAAUUGGAUCAUUUGAAAGGAGAUGAAACUGAGAUUGAUUUUGUUGGAUAUGAAUUUAGGAAAAUGUUGAGCUAUACUGCAAAAUCAAAUCCUACAGCAAUGGAAUGGAUGGUUCAGAGUGAAAUUAUUUAUUAUUGUUAUGAUGAAAAGUGGUUGAAAGAAAUGAAAGAAUUUUGGAAUGUUUAUUAUUUUAAUUUAAAGACAAUUGUAUAUCACUAUUUGAAUAUUGCAAAGGAUAAUUAUUGUGAUUAUUUAAGAAACAAAGCAGAAGUGAAUAGAAAAAAGUACAUUUACGUAAUGAGAUGUUUAUUGUGGGUUGAGCAUGCCAAACUUUCUCACUUUUCAGCUUGGAAAAAUGGACAAACUGUAGAAAAGAUUACUCCAAUUAUACCUGUACCACCUUUCGAUGUUAAUCUUCUACUUUCUGAAACAUUGGAAAAACAAAAGGAAUAUUUGGAAUAUCCUGAAAAGGAUAAGUAUCCAAUACAGUUCAAUUUCUUUGAUAAGCAAACCCAAGCUCUUGAACAAUUGAAUUAUUUGAUUGAUAGAAAGAAGGCUAGUUCUGGGCAAUGGACUAAACAACCUAGAAUUCCAGUAUUAGACGAUUGGCUCAUGUUUCUUAGAAUGGAAGAAAAAGUUUUUGCAGACAAGAUUCUUUCACUAGAGAAGAGAAAGAUUGAUUGCAUUACACAAGAAGAAAAGAACUCACUCCAACAACGAUUCGAUUCUUUAUUCUAUGAGCAUGUUAUGGGUUUUGAUAAGAUUCCAUCUGUAUUAGAAUAAAGAGGUGAAUUGAAAAUGG